AUGUCGUACUUGAUGUCGUACUUGAAGCCUCGUCUCUACCGCAUUGGCGAUGUGGACUAUAUCCAGGUCUCCGGUGAUCCACUCCUUACAAUGGAGGAAUACUCCCUACACCAGGUUUCAAACUAUCGUGCCAUUCAGAGCCUUGACCGAAGCCUCGCGGAAGUUGAGGAGAUUCUAAAUAAAGAAAUGAAUAUGGAAAUUGGUAUGAAACUAAAGGAGAUCAUUGAGAUUUGCAAAGAGGUCCGUGGGAUUGUGGCGGAGGACACGGUCUGCUUCAACCUUCGCCCAGGAAAGGAUUACGAUGGACCCAUGAUCAUUCUACGCCCCGCCAGAGAUGAACAAUUUAAAGCAAUCGUGACUAUGGUGAUUCCCGCCAUCCUCCUGCUCCUCCUUUUCACUUCGCCUUAUGCUCUUCUCUGGAGAAUCUUUUAA